GGGGCGGGGCGGCGUGGUGUGCCUGGCAGCCGGCUGCGUCCUCCUGCGAGCGCCGGAGAGGGGCUGGAGGCGGGGCGGGGGCGCGGCUCGAGGCAUCCCUGCAGGGCGCUCCUCCGAGUCCCUCGGCGCUGUGAGCCCACAGGGCGCAGUGUACCUGUGGAGAGAACUCAGGGCAGGAGACAAGAACCUUGUGUCUUCCCUCUAGAUGGAGUCUCACUCUGUUGCCCAGGCUGGAGUGCGGUGGCGCGAUGCCAGCUCACUGCAACCUCCACCUCCCAGGUUGAAGUGAUUCUCGUGCAUCAGCCUUCUGAGUAGCUGGGAUUACAGAUGUGCACCACCACGCGCAGCUAAUUUUAUAUUUUUAGUAGAGACGGGGUUUCACCAUGUUAGCCAGGCUGGUCUCAAACUCCCGACCUCAGGAGGAAGCAACAAUAAAACAAUCUGAUAUCAGGAUUAUGGCAGGAAAAGUAAAAUGGGUCACUGAUAUCGAGAAGUCAGUGCUGAUCAAUAACUUUGAAAAGAGAGGAUGGGUCCAAGUGACAGAAAACGAGGACUGGAAUUUUUACUGGAUGAGUGUGCAAACCAUCCGAAAUGUGUUCAGUGUCGAAGCUGGAUAUCGGCUCUCAGACGACCAAAUAGUCAACCAUUUUCCAAACCACUAUGAGCUGACCCGGAAGGACCUGAUGGUGAAGAACAUCAAAAGAUACAGGAAGGAGCUGGAGAAAGAAGGGAGUCCUCUGGCGGAAAAAGAUGAAAAUGGAAAAUACCUCUAUCUGGACUUUGUUCCGGUCACCUAUAUGCUGCCUGCUGACUACAACCUGUUUGUAGAGGAGUUCCGGAAGAGCCCGUCUAGCACGUGGAUCAUGAAGCCUUGUGGCAAGGCCCAGGGAAAGGGCAUCUUCCUUAUCAACAAGCUCUCACAGAUCAAAAAGUGGUCCCGGGACAGCAAGACGUCUUCGUUUGUGUCUCAAUCUAAUAAGGAAGCCUACGUGAUCUCUCUCUAUAUUAACAACCCAUUACUAAUUGGCGGGAGGAAGUUCGACCUGCGCUUGUACGUUUUGGUGUCCACGUACCGUCCACUGCGCUGUUACAUGUACAAGCUUGGGUUUUGCCGGUUCUGCACAGUGAAAUACACCCCGAGUACCAGUGAGCUGGACAACAUGUUCGUUCAUCUCACCAACGUCGCCAUCCAGAAGCACGGGGAGGACUACAACCAUAUCCAUGGGGGCAAGUGGACAGUGAGUAACCUGCGGCUCUACCUGGAGAGCACCCGCGGCAAGGAGGUGACCAGCAAGCUGUUCGACGAGAUCCACUGGAUCAUCGUGCAGUCCCUGAAGGCCGUGGCGCCAGUAAUGAACAAUGACAAGCACUGCUUUGAAUGCUAUGGCUACGACAUCAUCAUCGACGACAAGCUGAAGCCCUGGCUGAUCGAGGUGAACGCGUCCCCGUCUCUCACGUCCAGCACUGCCAACGACCGAAUCCUCAAGUACAACCUGAUUAAUGACACCCUCAACAUCGCUGUCCCAAACGGCGAAAUCCCAGACUGCAAAUGGAACAAGUCGCCCCCAAAGGAAGUCCUCGGCAAUUACGAGAUUCUGUACGAUGAAGAACUGGCCCAGGGUGACGGGGCUGACCGGGAGCUGAGAAGCCGUCAGGGUCAGUCUCUGGGGCCCAGAGCAGGCCGAUCGAGAGACUCGGGGAGAGCCGUCCUCACCACCUGGAAGUGACUCUCACCCGGACCUUAUCAAAGCUACUCACUCCACCUGGGCCCCUGCUGAAGCCCUAUUUUGAAAUUUCCCUUUUCUAGAGUUUUUUUCCUUUCCUGAGCCCUGUAAAUAAAUGAAGGCACUUCUUUGGAA